AUGUUGGACUCUCCACUGGACUCUGAUUCAAACCUCGACAAUUCCGAUAACACAUUGUCAUGGUCAGAUUCAGGGCAUGAUUCAGAUGAUGAUGCCCCACAGCCUGUGGCACCACCAAGCACCAAUUUGUCUACAAAGCACCUUCAAGCGUACAUCAAGCAACUUCAGCUUGAGAAAGGAAAGUUGGAAGAGCAUAACACAGCGCUGAAUGCAACCAAUGGUACACUAGCAGCGCAGCAGUUGAAACGUUGCAGGCGCUCACCAAAUCAGACAUCACCCGCUGCUGCAUUGCCGGCCUCAUCUACUGUGUCCUUACAUUCAUCUGCGCCACCUUCAUCUACCACAUCCUCGUGUUCAUCUGCGCCACCUUCAUCUGCGCCAUUGACUACAGCGUCCAUCAUAAUGUCUGAGACCAUCAUCGACAAACUAAUCUUGGGUUUGGCCAAGAAGUAUGCAUUGACGAUGGAGAUGUUCCUGCCUGACAAGGUCAUUUUUCAGACAGACUGCCCUGAUCCUCUGGUUGAUAUAACAAGUCCGCAACAUUAUGCAAAGAAAUUGACAGAGAAGGCUGCCCUUGUCACUGAGCUCUACGCCUCAAUCGAUCAAGAGUUGCAUCCUCAAAUGCGAACAAAUUCAUUCUUUAACUUGUUUGCAACAGGCAUGCAACAGGCACAAUCAUCAUUCUUCAAUGGUCUAUGUACUGUUUCAGGUAGCAUCUUCAACAUGUCGCCUGAGUACUUUGUUGCCAGAUAUGACCGUGCUUCCAUCCAGCAAAUUACAGAUAUGAUUGGAUGGGAGGCGGGGAAGGGGAAAACCUUCGAUGUUUUCAAAGCACCGGUACUGUACCCUGAUAACAUUGUUAACGAGAAAAAGAUUUUCAGAAACUGGUUGAUAAUUACAAAGGACAAUUACUCAUAUCUUUCUUUGAAAGGCUAUCAAGGUUUCAGUGUGCGGCAAGAUGUCAUUUAA